AUGACGCGCUCCAAGAAGUUCAUGCGGAACUACAAGGGGUUUGACGCUGUGGAUGUCCAUCUCGCGGAUGAUGGAAUCGUCCAAGCAAUCGGCAGUGGGGACAUUGUCAUGUCGAUGAAGACACCCCAAGGGAUGAAGAAAGGUGUGCUCACAAACGUGUGGCACAUCCCAAGUUAUCCAGAAACCUGUUCUCGGUCGGCCGCUUCACCAAGGAUGUCGGCCCGGUGA